AUGAUAUCCACCUUCACCACCCUCGACCAGUCUGUCUCGCUCAACGCCAUCACGCUCGACGGGCCGAUGCCGACAACGCCCAAGCUGCGAGUCCUCGACACCGUCCCCGACUCUUUCGGAUUUAACGCCCUUGUUGCCGCCAUCGCGCCCAACAUUGUCGCCUUUGCUCCGCUCAACACGAUCCGUCUCGUCUCACUCGCUCUCCCGCCGGCCUUUCCGCCGACGGUCUUGCCGCUGCCGAGCGAGCGUUUUGCCAACGAUUCCCAGCUCGUCGCGCUCACCUCGGCCGACCCUGGUGUUGAUAACUUCAACUUUGAGCUCUUUGCCAUGCGCUUUGAUCCAACAACCAUGACACCUUCGGCCCUCACCGAGCUCUCGCCACUCGACGACGCGGGAGAGGCCACCAGCGCUGCGCUUGUUGUCUCGCCCUCGACCGACCCAGGUGCCUUUGGCUCUAUCAUUGUUGCGCGCGUCGUGGUCGAAUCAGCUACUUCGGCAAGUAGCGGUGCCUCACUCUCCGCAUUUGACUCCCUCCCUCCCAUCACCUCGUACUCGCACGCCUCCCGCGCCGCCGCAAUUGCUGGCCUUGUCAACUCAGACACCGAGCCCGACAUCGUCAUUAUUGACACCCAUCAUCAAGUCAUCACCUUGAUCAACAACAUCCAGAGCGGCGUGCAAGCCAGCCAGUUCCAGCCCAUUCUGGGCCCCAUCCUCUCCGAGGUCCUUGAUUUCGGCACGGGUGCCAUCCACAUCUCGCUGGCAGACGCAGAUGGCGACGGCUCCCAGGACCUCAUGCUUACUUGUCUCUCAUCGCCUACCUCCACUGGCAUCUGGUACCUGCCUAACGCAGGUGGUGGUCAGUGGAACCCACUUGUUAGCCUCGCAACGCUGCCGUUUACCAUCAUCAACGUUGUUCCCGUCUCCAUUCGAUCCGCCCUCGCCAUCGAGUACAUCGUGGCCUUGGACGAGACCAACAACGUCAACUCGCUUGUUUUUGUCUAUCAGAUCCAGGCCGGCUCGCCCGUCUUUGCCCACUGCUUCCUCCCGCCGGCACUCAACACAACAUCUGAGCUCAUUGCUCCGCUCCGUCCUCGUCACUCGCCGCUACCCUCUGACUCGGGCAUCGUCAUCGCCCCGCACUUGGCGUCAUCCUCUUAUCCUCUCUUCUGGGUCACGCUGGACCAGCUCGGCCAUGAGUGCAAAUGGAGCAGUACCACGCUGACUGUGCUGCCUGGUCGACCUAGUGCUCUCGUUGCUGGUCCUAUCGGGCCUGGUGCGACAGGCGAUGACGUCGUCAGCAUCAUCAAUGCCGAUAACCAUCCCAUGCGCGCCACCAGUACGGUCUUCUCGCUCGCCAUCAUUCGUACCUCGGGGCCCGGCAACGAUGUCGUUCUCGUCUGCGGAGCGCAUCUGGUGGUAUGGCAGGCUGUCGAGCCGGGAAUGCUGGCGCCGGCGCCGCAGCGGAUUGCCAUCAGCGCCGCUUCUGACAACGGUGAGACCUUGAUCUCGCUCGUUGAUCUGGACGGGAACGGCUUUCUGGACAUCGUUCGUCUCGCUUCAAACGGCUUGCUGCUCUCGCUACAGCUGCCGAAUCCGUGGCUGGACAACCCAUUUGCCGAGCGCAUUGUUCCGCUCCCACCGGCCAACUUCGCCUGCACACAGCCGGGCUCGCUCGCCUGUCUCGCCACCGCCCUCUCGCACGUCUCCAACUGCAGGUCUGACACCGUGGCUGUCGACUCGAUGCUGGAAACAUGCAGGAUGCAGGAUGCCAUCAAGAUCACACGGUCGGCCAGUAUCGUUGGUUCGAGCGUCGCCAACGCCGGCAUCUCCUGCCAUGGCAAGGGCAUUCUGUUCAGCAUCGCUGGAGGUGAGAAGGUUGUUCUCGAUUCGCUCACCCUCACUCACGCCCACAGCAGUAACCGCUCGAUCUUCGGUGCUCCACCGCUGCGGGUCGUCGGAAGCGGCUCGCGGCUUGUGCUUACCAACAUUGUAUUGUCCGGCUUUGCCAAUCCGGCCGUCGACGCUGACUACGGCCUUGACAUCCUUGCACCGGGCUACGGCGGCGCUCUUUUUAUUGCCGAUGGUGCGGCCGUCGAUGUCAUCAAUUCGGACAUCUCCAAUUGCGUUGCCGGUUCAUCAGGCGGCUUUGCGUACAUCACUUCGAAGCAAGUUGCGCCGUCAUCUCUCCGCAUCAUCCGAAGCAGACUGUACAACAACGCUGCCGUCGCCGGCGGCGUCGUGGCCGUCGGUCGACAUGCACUUGUUGUCAUCAACAACUGCGCCAUCGACAUCAACAUUGUCACCAGCUGGGGCGCCGUGCUGGCGACUGUUGGUAAGGGCAUGGGCGUGAGUGUCAUCGCAAACGACACGACGUUUUCCGGAAACAAUGCCGGCGGCUGCGGUGGCGUCAUCAGCAUUGGCUACAAGACCAGUAUGCUUGUCGGCAGCUCGACCUUUGAUCGUAACUCGGCCACCGCUGGUGGCGUUCUCGCCGUCCUGCAGGACUUUAACCCGCAGGUGAUCUCUUCCGGAGCGGUCGCUCACCCGGCUCUGCUCAGCCUCCCCUAUGUCCGAUACGUCGCGGCACACGUUGUACUGGACAACGUCACCGUCACUGACAAUGGCGCUGCCUAUGGCGGUCUCUUCUUUCUGGUCGGCUGCUCGAUUGAGGUUACUGGCCGCGUCCGCGGCUGGGGCAACAGCGUGCUCGGAGAGGCAGGAUCAGUGGCAUACGCCUCGCAAGCACUCGGAGAGCACAAAACUGAUCUGGGGGUUCUUGUCCGCGGGACAAACAAGAGUCGCGCUGAUCUUCGCAGCGCGUGCCUGCCCGUGCGCUGGGGAGGUGAUGUGGCCACACCGAUUGCCACCAUCGAGUGGCUCGUUGGCGCGGAUCAGCUCAACGGCACUGCCGUCCCGUCGGGCUUUGCUCUACCGCACAACUUUGCUGUUGUUGUUCGCGACACCAACGGUGCGCUGGUCAUUGAUUCGGAUGUCGUCAUCGAGCUCCAGGUCUACGAUGGCAAAGGUGGGAGCUUCGCCAUCUUCGGCGGAACGCCGCAGAUCAUUCUCCGCCAGAACGUCACCGAGCUGACAAGCAUGGGCAUUGCUAUCACUUCGAUGGAUCAGAUCGGAUCCUGGGUUACUGUCCGCGCCUUGGCCUCGUACGCUGCGGUGGAGGGCUUCUCUAACGUGGCUACACAAGCCAUCUCGCUGCUCAUCGAUGGCUGCCCUGGGAAUCGACCCCCGGUGCCCCACGGCGACAGCGCACUCGUCUGCGUCUGCCCCGUCAAUGCCAUAUCGAUGCAGCUGAUUGACGCCGAGACCGGCGUGCAGCGAACAGGCUGUGGAUGCACCGCCCAAUUCUGGACGCCGAGUCUUCCGGUGGCGCGAUGCGAUCGUUGCCCCAUCGGCGGAGACUGUGUCGGUGGCGAGGCCAAGCCAAGUGCGGCUGACGGCUACUUCCCCACCUCGGAUCCAAGCUACUUUCUUAAGUGCCCGAUUGAUGGCGCAUGUGCAGGCUCCGGAACUUGUGCUGCUGGCUACAGUGGUCGGCUUUGUGCCAAGUGUGCAAGCGGAUGGUACGCAACGGGCCUGGUUGCCGGGAAGUGCACGCAGUGCAAACUCGGCGCUGCCGGAACAGCCGCCGUCCUCGCGACCAUCGGCGUGCUUUGCAUCAUCUUACUUGUUGGCUAUGUAGUCACCCCGCAAAGCAUCAGCAACGACCGCGCCAGUCGUGCCCCGGGCUCGUUGCAGGAAGCGCCGAUGUCGCUAUGGGACCGGAUCCGCAGCCACACCGGCAGGAUCAAGACCUUGGCUAUGUCUUCCAUUAUCGAACUUGUUGUGGUCGUUCUUCUUGGUGUCUUUGGUCUUGCAAAAGCCUGGGAGGUCGUGGUCAUCGGCCUUUGCCUUGUCACGCUAAGCCUGUACGCCGUAGUCGACAGGCCUGCACAGACAACCCGGAUCUCUGCAGUGCUCAAAACCAUUGUGGUCUUUGUGCAGACAGUCGGUGCGGUGCUAAGCUCUGGGAAUGGUCUUUUGUCAUCAUCGUCGUCGCUACACACCAUCUAUGGCGUGCUUCAGCGUGCCAGCCUGACCCUCACCGGCCUGGGCUGCCUUGAUCUGGGGCAACUGGGCCUCCUCUGGCUCUUUGUGGCUCUGACUGCCGGCCCGGUUCUCCUCUGCCUCGCCCUCCGAUACGCGCCAUGCCAGAGUCAGGGCAUGCGGCGCCGAGCCGAAGGUGCAGCAGGCACCCUCGGCUACCUUUUUGUCUUUCCACUCCUGCACCACUUGCUGGAGCACCUCUCGUGCGUCCCCGAUCCGACGCCUGGUGCCCAUCGCUCGUACCUGGAUGCGGCACCCUGGAUCGCUUGCGGCUCGGACGAGCACAUCGCACUCGUGGUGUCGGCUUUGAGUGUUCUGCUUGGUAUUGCCUCUGCAGUUGCCGUCACCAGCACAGUGGCCUGGCGCGCCCAUCAAGCUAGUGAGCGCGAGAUCUGCGAUGAUCGCCUCGUCCCGCUGCUCGACAGUGAUGCCGAUGUGGCGAUUGCGGUGGCGGUGGCGACCAUUCCGAGAGGAUCGGUCUUUACCAGCGGUGUGCUAGCCGCGACAGUCGCCGUGUCGCUCGCGGCUCACCUGCACUUUCGUCCGUACAUCGACGAAGUCGCACACCGCAUGGAGAUCACAGGCCUUGUGGCCGCUCUCAUUGUCAUUCAGAUUGUCGGCAUGAUGGAGCAAGCCGAAGCCGAGACUUCGAUCGCCGUCCUCGCCGCCGAGUUUGUCAUUGUCACCAUUGGCGUGGUCGCGACCGGCCUUGUUGUGGCAGCCGGCGCCGUGUAA